AGAACGCAAAUGGUAAAUAUAUUUCCCCAUUUCAUGACAUUCCACUGUUUGCUGGAUCUAAAGAGAUCCUGUUUAAUAUGGUUGUAGAAGUGCCUCGUUGGACAAAUGCAAAAAUGGAGAUUGCCACUGAGGAGCCGUUGAAUCCCAUUAAACAAGAUAUAAAGAAAGGCAAGCUUCGAUAUGUGGCAAAUAUCUUUCCUCACAAGGGUUAUAUAUGGAAUUAUGGUGCCCUCCCACAGACCUGGGAAGAUCCAAACCAUACAGAUAACAUUACAGGAUGUUGUGGGGAUAAUGAUCCUAUUGAUGUUUGUGAAAUAGGUUCAAAGAUUCAUUCUUCUGGUGAGAUUGUUCAGGUGAAGGUCUUGGGUGUUCUAGCUCUUGUUGAUGAAGGAGAAACAGAUUGGAAGAUAAUUGCUAUCAGUGUGGAUGACCCAGAAGCUCAGAAAAUCCAUGAUAUUGAUGAUGUCAGGAAGCACAAACCAGGUUACCUUGAGGCUACAGUUGACUGGUUCCGAUUAUAUAAGGUCCCUGAUGGUAAACCGGAAAAUCGGUUCGCUUUUAAUGGAGAAUUUAAAGACAAGGAUUUUGCUGUUGAAAUUAUUAAGUCCACCCAUGAAUACUGGAAGGCUUUGCUUCAUAAAAAAGCUGAUGGAGGCACUAUUAAGUG